AUGAGUCCGGCACAGCCGCAAACCCACAGAACGGAACAGAAGGAGCGGAGCCAAAAUGGAGACACGAUUGCCAAUCUAAAAGGUCAGCUGGCCGAGUCUGCAGCAACGCUGAGUGCUGUACGCCUCCAGAUGCAGGAAGUGGGCCAUGCGAGGGAUCUGCUGGCUGCUGAAGUGGCGGAGACGAGGCUGUCUCUGCAGUCCGAGCAUCAGCGGGCGGAGGCCCAAAGGUCCGAAGCCGCUGCGUUGUUACAGCAGGUUGAGACACGGAACACGGCCCUGCAAGACCAAGUCAAUGAUCUGCAAACUGCCGUCAACCAGCUGUCCAAAGAGGCUUCACGAGAGCGUGAGGUGCUUGAGGCCGACAGGCAACGCUUGCAGGAGAUGCUGGUCAAGGAGGCUCAGCAGGCCAAGGAGAGCCAGGAGCAGUACGAUCGAUGGAGAGAAUCGCAUGUGGAGUCUUUGCGCCGGGUGCAAGACGAAACCUCUGCCAAGAUGCUGGCCUUGGAGAGGGAGAAGGACGGCAUUCAGUCAGAGCUGAAAGAGGCGCUCCGAUCCCUCAACACGAAGCAGGUCCAGCUUGAAGCGACCGACAAGGACCUGCAGCGCUUGAGGUCAGAAGCGCAAGAAGCUGCAGCUGUACUGGAAGCCAAGCAGCAACUAUCCAAGGAAUUGAACGAGGUGACAGAGGCUCUUGAGGGUGCUUUGCGCACGGAGGCUGCGCUCACCGCCAAAAUUGAGGAUGCUGCGCAGCGACAUCAACAGGAGAAGCGCGAUCUGGAGCUUCAGGUGCUGGACAAGGAUUCCCGGCUUGAGAAAUUCAAGCUGGACUUCGAGACGCAGCUUCGCAUCUCACAAAGUCGACUCGCCGGAGAGCUGAACAAAGAGAAGGCCGCUUGGGACCGCCGCGGGCCGCUGGGGACCGGGUUGCCAGAGACCAACCAGUGA